AUGGGCGAUUGGAGUUUUCUGGGAAACAUUUUGGAAGAAGUUAACGAACAUUCCACCGUAAUAGGAAGAGUGUGGUUGACAGUGCUGUUUAUUUUUCGAAUCCUAAUUCUUGGCACGGCUGCCGAGUUCGUCUGGGGAGACGAGCAGUCAGAUUUUGUCUGCAAUACCCAACAGCCGGGUUGUGAGAAUGUUUGUUAUGACGAAGCCUUCCCUAUUUCCCACAUAAGACUGUGGGUUCUCCAGAUCAUCUUCGUCUCCACACCAUCUUUGGUUUAUGUUGGGCAUGCAGUUCAUCACGUAAGAAUGGAGGAGAAGAGAAAAGAAAGGGGAGAAGAAGCGAGUAGACAAGAAGUGAACGAAGAGAAAUUGCCUUUAGCCCCAGAUGAAGGUGUUAAGGAGUCCACCAAAACGAACAAGAAGUUCCGUUUGGAAGGCAUGUUGCUUAGAACAUACAUCUGUCAUAUUCUCUUCAAAACAAUUUUUGAAAUUGCUUUUGUAGUCGGCCAAUAUUUCCUCUACGGGUUCCACAUUCUGCCACUCUAUCGCUGCAGUAGGUGGCCUUGUCCAAAUACAGUUGACUGUUUUGUCUCAAGACCAACCGAGAAGACUGUCUUUGUUAUUUUCAUGCUUGCAGUGGCUUCUGUAUCCCUGUUCUUAAAUUUUAUCGAAAUAAGUCACCUGGGCUUGAAGAAGAUCAGAUUUGCUUUUCGGAAGACAGCCGAACAGCCGAUAGAUUAUCCUUCGCAGAAACUUAUCCAUUCCAUUAGUGUGUCCUCCAUGCAGAAAGCUCAUGAUUAUAAACUCCUCAAAGAAGAUAAACCGGUGACCCAUUAUUUUCCAAUGUCAGAGUCUGGGGUAGAUAUGAAUAGAACCCCCUUAAUCAGUUUUCAAGAAAAAGUCAAACGUGUUGCUCCAGUAGAGGAUAUGAUUAAGGUGUAUAAUGAAACAUUGUUGGCCUAUGAACAGCUAGACGAUGCUGAACCUGGACAAAAGGCAGGUCCAGAACCUCAAGCAGAAGCAGAGUUAGUAGCAGAAUCGGAACCUGCAGCAUUGGCAGAACCAGAAGAAAACGGCGGAACAGAGCCGGAUCAGCCAGCAGGAACGAGCGAAAACCUAUCAGACACAAGACCGUUGAGCAGAUUAAGCAAAGCAAGUAGCCGAGCUCGAUCAGAUGAUUUAACAGUCUGA